CCCUUCACAUGACUCCGCUGCGUGUGACCGUCCUACAUUCCUCCGGUGUGUGAUUGUUAUCUUGUCGUUAACGAACACUUUCACCGGCGGCUUUGACGCAUACCACCUACACUUACACACACCGGAGUUGGCGAUGGCGUUACAUUGUUGUCGCCCGCCAUGUUUCGUGUGGGUUUUUCAUUUGUAUUUUUCCUAAGUUUGUAACUUGACGUGACGUCGAAGCUCUGACGUCAUCACAGGUGGCGGACAACUCUUGAUGACUGCAAAUAACGUCUUUUUGGACAAUGGCGGACUUUAUUCCGUCUGACUCGAAAGGGUGUCAUUAUUUUUUUCUGUACGAUGGCUCCAAGGUGAGAGGAGAAGGUGACCCGACUAAAGAAGGGAUCUGCUACUUCUAUCCUGAAGAGACGGCGGUGGAUAAGCAGGAGCUACUGUGCGGGCAGCUGGCCGGCGUGUGCCGCUGCAUUUCCGAGCUUUCUUUUUCUCCCACACGCCUGGUGAGGCUGCGUCGCAAUAAGUUUGCCAUCCACAUGCAAGAUGAUUUCUUUUGGGCUCUGGGCUGCUCCAUGGACAUACCCACUGUCACCAUCUGCCGGCUGCUGCAUCAACUCAUCAACCUCUUUUGCUUCUACAACGGCUGCGUGCGCCAGAGCUACCAGCUCCACAGCCAUGAAACAUUGGCUGCUCAUUGGUCACAGUACCUGGCACACCUGCUAGCAGGACCGUCUGAGCUUCACCGUGUCUUCAGCUCCAUGACCACCAUCGACUCCACCAACGUUGACCCACUUCUUCUGUUGAAGGCUGCCCUUAUUCUUCAGGCCUGCCAGCGCUGCCCCCUAGUGUUGGCAGGCUGUAUUCUGUUCCGAGGAAGAGUGGUGAGCACGCAGAUGUCUCCGCACCUAACCAUGAAGAUUAUGGUUCAUGAGAGUGAAACGUACAAGUCGCAGACAAGCAAAGGUCAGAGUUCAAGCAGCUCAUUCAGUGAUGCGGUUAGUUCCAGGACCGUCUUCCUCACCAUGUUUGAACUUCAGUACCUGCAGUCCGUCCCUGUUGACAAACAAUUACGGUUCCACUCUACUCCAAUCAAAGAGCCCCUGUUACGUCCCAGCCCUCUGUCCAGGACUUCAUCAGACACUUCUGAGUGCCCUCACAAAGCAUCCUUGAGUCCUGGCUCGUCUGCAUCGGACGACUCCGUGUUCGGACAGCUUACCUCGCAGACCGGCGCCGAUCCGCUCAGACCUCCUCUUUCCCACCGAGACAUCUCUGGCCCAGCUGAGGAGGAAGUUGUAGGAGGUUCUCGCAGCAGUGGCCAGCUCAGUGAAGAUGGCACAGGUGCGCACGCAGCGCAGGCGUUCCAUACCGGCGGGACAGAGUUCUGCAAUGAGGAGCCGCGGGACGGCGUUUGGGAGGCGGCGAGGGAGAGCACUCUGGCUGACGACUCCCCUCUGAUCCCCAUGACGCUGUACCUGCACAGGGUGAAAGGCCUGGUCCUGGCCCUGCUGGUGGAGCCUCACUUCUUAUGUGACAAAGCCGCCAUGGAGGAAGUGCAUCACAGCUGCCUGGCCUCGCUGAAUGGACUGGAGGCACACCUCAGGACCGUCUCUCCAGGGGCGCCGGCCACCGCAGGACCUUACGUCUUCGCCCACUUGGACUGCGCUCAGAGCACGCUAAUGACCAACAUGUCUGCUGCAGCGGGGGGAGGCCCCCAGCGGCCUUUUGUCAGAGCCGCAUCGCUUCUUCACUCGCAUUUCUGUAGCACUGAAACUCUGCAGGAGGCUAUUAUCAGGAACGCCAGCGCCGCCAUCUACGGGACCCGCAACGCCGCCCAGGAGACGUACUUCCUGCAGCACGGCGCCGCACUGAGGAACUCGGGCAUCCCCAACCACCAGGACAGCGCCUUCUCGCUGCCGGCCAAGACGCGGCACAGACUACUCAAACAUGGCGUCAACCUGCUCUGACAGGACAGCACCACUUGGUACCACUUGGUACCACUUGGUACCCGAGGUCAGGAUGUCCAAACACUCAACUUCUUAUAUAUUUGCAAUAUAUACUGUUAGUUCCUCACAUUAGCUUAUUAGUAUUUAUUUAUUGAGGCGGGCCAUCCUUUGCUACACAUCCUCUAUUUCCUUUGUGUCCAGCAUUCUGACAACCCACUCAGUGGUCUGGUGCUGAGAGCAGGCCUGGGCAAUUAUAUUGACUCGGGGGGGCCAAAUUUAGAGAAUACAAAUGUGUCUGGGGGCCGGUAUAUCUAUUUUUUAGGAAAACGAAUACAAAACCUCACAAUAAAGUCUGAUUGAAUGCUAAAAAUGUUAGAUGAUGUAAACAAAUAAAGCACAUGAUGUUGAUGCACCAGUUGAAGAAAAUGAUCAAACUACAUAAAUAACAUCUUGUAAUUUGAUUUAGAUAUUAUUUUUGUAUCUUGAUAGAUUGAAAAUGAACACCAAUGAGUUGCCUGAUGAACAUUAUCACAUCAUUUAUUCAGAAAGAUUAAAUAACAACAAAUAAAGAUAGAAUACUAUUAACCGCAACAUGUAAGUGUAAAAAAAACAACAUUAUGAUUUGUACAUUUUCUAAAUGUGCUUGUUUUAUUUUUAAACCAAGAAAACAAUCUGAAGUUGUCUUUAUUUUGAAGUUAUCGUGCCGUGAUUUCACCACUUGGGAGUAGAUGUUGUCUCCGUGUGGCCCCCAUCUAACAUGACUUUGACACCCCUGCUUUAUAUCAAACAUGCUUCACUGAUGACAGGAUUUGGCCAGCGCCGUUUUGUCCUUGAACACAACGUAGUUUGUUUACAUGCACAACUUUCUCCAACGCUGCCACAGAAAGACCUGUUUUAUGCCACUCCUUCUUUGCCUCAUUUUGUCCACCAAAUGUUUUAUGCUGUGUGUGAAUGCACAAAGGUGAGCUUUGUUGAUGUUAUAGACUUGUUGGAGUGCUAAUAAUCCAUGCUAACAUGCUAUUUAGGCUAGCUCUAUGUACAUAUUGCAUCAUUAUGCCUCUUUUGUAGCUAUAUUUGAGCUCAUUUAAUUUCCUUUAGACUUAGACUUAGAAAAUCUUUAUUGUCCCUGAGGGGCAAUUUGGUUUGCAGCAGUAGUCAUUAAAAAAACAUGUCCUCUUCAUUUCACGUUGACACCCCUUGCUUUAUACCAAACAUACCUCACUGAUGAGAGGAUUUGGCCAGCGCCGUUUUGUCCUGCUAAUUUCGGCGAUACU